AUGAGUGACCCAGCCGAAUCAUGGCAGGAUGUUAAGACUGAUGCUGUCAAGGUAGUUGAAGUCCUUGAGGACGAUUUCAGGCACGAUUUGGCGGUGCAUCUCUACUCUGUCUUUCUGCUGCACUUGAAAAAUCCUAGCGAACCCAAACCAAGUUUUACAAGAUGGCCUCUCAGCUGGGAAGAGGUGCCUGAUCCGAAGGUGUUGAUGACCUACAUUGAUGAAGGGAACUGCAAUGUGAGAGGGUCGAAACAGAAAGAUCCUCCUGCGGAGGAGCUGACGAGCGAUACCAUCGCUGAAGAGCUGACUGAUCCAGUGGAAACUUUGAAGGCUGAACUAAAUGCGGUCUUUAGGAAAAAGGCAUAUCUGAGAAUUCAUGAGAGCAACUCCAAAUUGAAAAAGCCACAGAGAAAAAAACGGAAAGUGAAGCAUGCCAAAACAGAAAGAAGCGUUGAGCCAAUUGUCGAGCCUGCUCUUGAUCUCGGUAACGAGAUUUUUGAUGGGUUGAAAUCCAAGAUCGAUGGACUAAUUGACGGAAUAUAUGAAAGAAAGAGCACUUUACGCCGGAACUACGCUAUCGGAUUGAAUUGGCGCGACGUCUUACUACGACUGCAUGAUGAUGAAGACCUCGAAGCGAUUGAAACUCGAUUGCGCAAGAUGUUUGAGCUGAAUAUACGGCCGGACUAUUUCACAGAGUUGAGUGACGAGAAGAAAGAUGAUGUUGCUAGAAGAAAGCGCAUAGAUGACUUGAAGGAGGCAGUGCUCGAGCAACGGAAGCGAGCCGAUACCGAGCGUCGUGGCGUUUGA